CUUCCUUCAUUUAACCCUCGGUUUCUUCCUUUUCUUCAACACACACUCUCACAGACUCUCUCUCUUACGGUACCAUCCCUCUAACUCCCAGUUGCUUCCCCUUUUCUGGAAACAGAUAUCUGAUCCACCCUUUUACCCAAAAAAUCAAUACCAUCAUUCCAAUUCCACUUUAAUAUAUAUGGAAUGGAUUCCAUCUCAGAACUCAACAUCAUUACCUCGACUCAACUAAACUAAACUAAACACUCAGUUCCACUUGUAUUCCAAUCCUCUUUCUAUAAACCCUAUAUACUCUUAUUCUUCCUUUCAUCUGUCACUGCACAGGUUGCUCUAAAUCCCUCUUUCUGUAUCAUAUAAUAUCCUAUAUUUGUUAAUACUCUCUCUUUUUUUAUAACAAUAUUUGUCCCUUUUUGUUUUCUAAUUCAUAUCAAUGUCAAAUAUAAUAAUAAUAAUAUUAUAGUAAAAUGAAAACCCUAGUUCUUACUGCAUCAUCAACCAUGAUCAAUCUCAUCAUUUGCAAGAUCUAAACCAGAUCCAAAUUAACAAAGCUAUUUGAAUAAAUAUAAAGAAAAAAAACUCCAUGGAUUUGGUUUCACAAUCUACAAACUCAAGCUUAAGUAAGAUCGAGAGUUCCACAAGUGGAUCCUCGAUAACCACCACCAACAACAGUGUUAGCAGUGGAAGUUCAACUCCAACUUCAAGCCGUUACGAAAACCAAAAGAGAAGAGACUGGAACACGUUUUGUCAGUAUCUCCGAAACCACCGUCCACCACUCUCGUUAGCCCUAUGUAGCGGUGCUCAUGUCCUUGAAUUUCUCAACUACCUUGACCAGUUUGGGAAGACAAAAGUUCACCACCACCCUUGUCCUUUCUUCGGAAUCCCUAAUCCACCAGCUCCUUGUCCAUGUCCUCUCCGUCAGGCGUGGGGAAGUCUCGACGCUCUCAUCGGCCGCCUCCGUGCUGCUUAUGAAGAGAACGGCGGUCGGCCUGAGACUAACCCUUUUGGUUCUCGCGCUGUUAGAAUUUAUUUAAGGGAUGUUCGUGAUUUUCAAGCUAAAGCUAGAGGUGUUAGCUAUGAAAAGAAGAGGAAGAGGCCUAAGCCUAAGAUUACUGCACCCACAACUGCUAGAUAGUAUUUUUUAUUAGGUGCCUUUGGAUGGUGGCUAAGACUGUUGAGAUGGGUUUGGAAUUAAUUAUAGUAGUUAUUAAGUUAAGGCGAAGUAGAUCGAAUGGUGGAAAUUUGAAGUCAUGAAGUGGCUAGCUAGCUGCAGCGACAAGUAUGCGUUAAGGUGAUAAGGUUGAUUUUCAUAGUGAUAACUAGAAGUAGGAGAAGAAGAAAAUGUUAUGAUUUAUAAUUCUGGUACUGAAUCUUGUACGAAAUAGUAUAUUAUGUAUUUGUGAAACAUGAUGCGGUUUGGUCUCCUAUGGGAGCUAGCUAGAUUAUAUAUUGUGAAAGUUAAUAGUAGUCUUUACGCGGGAUUAUUAAUAUAAUUGGGCGUGUAUCCACUAAAAUAAUAAUAAUUGGGUGUGAAUAUUGAAUAUA